AUGACAUACUUCCUUUGGAUGGAAAUGAACCAAUCUGAUCAAGGCAUCUUCAUUAGCCAACAUGCCUUUACUUUGAAGAUUCACAACAGAUUUUGGAUGACAAAAUGUAAAACAGUCAGCACACCAGUGGCUCAAGGGGAGAAGUUGACUAGUAGUGGGAAUCAAGAGAGGGUUGAUGAGAAGGAGUAUAGAAGAUUGGUAGUUUGCUUGCUUUACUUAACAGCUACUAGGCCUGUUAUCAUGUAUGCUGUUAGUCUUCUAUCCAGAUUUAUGCAUUGCUACGAUUUUGUUCAUUUUAAAGCAGCAAAGAGAGUUCUCAGAUAUGUGAAGGGAACUUUGGAUCAUGGAGUGAAGUUUGAGAAGGAAAAAGUGCUCAAACUAAUAGGGUAUUCAGAUAGUGAUUGGGUAGGGUCCAUUGAUGACAUGAAAAGUACCUCAGGAUACUUUCUUACUCUUGGCUCAGAGGUUUUCUGUUGGAGCUCAAAGAAACAACAAAUUGUUGCUCAAUCAGCAGCUGAAGCAGAGUAUAUUGCAGCUGCUGCAGCUGUUAAUCAAGCCAUUUGGCUUAGAAAGUUGCUGUGUGAUUUAAAUGAAGAACAAACUCAAGCUACUGAGAUCAGAGUUAAUAAUCAGUCAAUAGUUGCUAUAGCUAAAAAUCCUAUUUUUCAUGGAAAGACCUAA